AUGGCCGGCGGAUCCGAUGCGGUGGAGAAUACAACUUUAUCCUGUGCUAAAUGUGGCAAACCUGCUCAUCUUCAGUGCCCAAAGUGUGUAGAGUUAAAGCUUCCCCGUGAAGGUGCUGCUUCUGGUUCUUCCCAGGACUGUUUCAAGGUAUCCUGGAGUUCUCACAAGUCAGUCCACUCAAAGUCAAUAUCUUCCUCUGCACCUGUAAAUCCUGGUGAGCAAAAUGCAGCCUCACAGAAUGAUGGUUGGCUCUACUGCUUGAGGAAAGGGAAUGCUCGCUCACAUGAACUUCCACAUUUCGAUUGGACGGGGCAAUUAAGGCCAUAUCCAAUAUCAAAGAGACGUCCGAUUCCUAACCAGAUAGAUCAGCCUGACUGGGCACUUGAUGGAAUCCCAAAAAUUGAGCCCAAUAGUGAUCUGCAAUACCAUGUUGAGAUCAAGGCUCCAGAUCAAAUUGAGAAAAUGAGAGAAACUUGCCGAAUAGCAAGGGAUGUCUUGGAUGCAGCUGCUCGUGUAAUUCGACCUGGAAUUACUACCGAUGAAAUUGAUGCAGUGGUUCAUGAAGUUACAAUUGCUGCUGGUAUAUACCCUCCUCAUUUCAUGUUUACUGGUUUGUCGGUCUUUAAUUUGAAUGUAUUUAUAAAGAUCUCAGUUGAUCAGACAACAUGCAUGAGAGUUUAGGCAAUCAUAUUUUGUAGAUACUAGCAUCCCAUUAGAGCUUAUCGUGGAUCUUUUUGGCACUUAACCUAUUCUUUUUAGCUAGCCGUAAACUUGUUCUAGGUUUGGGUAAUAACUAAAUUAAAAUAAUUGGGGAAACAUUGAUACAAGUAUGAUAAGUUUUGCUCGCUUCCCAUUCUUAAAAGGCGUCGUUCAUAUCUUGAACUCCUGGAGUCUAAUUAUAUCGUCACUAGCUAUUGUUAGGAUACUAUUAGGCUACUGUUAGAUCUCUGUAAAUUUGAAGGUGUGAACUUGGUCCUUUUAACUUCUGGUUUCCCCUGCUAGGAUAUUAUGAAAACCCGACUCUAGUGCUAUAUUAUGCAACUAAAUCAUCAGUUAGUUUUAUUAGUGAUUAGGCGCCCUUUACAAUUGAUAACAUAUUAAUUUUUUUUUUUUUCAAUUAAAAUACUAUUAAAAAGUUAUUUGCCAGAAUACGAACUCAAUGCUCAUGUGCCAAGCAAUGGAAUCUAGGUGUAAUUCUCUUCAAAGGAUUUCCUUGUGCACGU